AGUUGAAAGAAUCUGUUGAAGGAAUAUUGCCAUCCUUGAAGGAACAAAAUGUCAAAGUUUAUUACCUAAGCAGGACAACUGUUACAGAAGGAGUUGAAAGCUUUCUGGAUAAAGUAGAUGCUGCCUCAGAUGAGCCUACUCCGCUGUCUUGGAGAACAGAUAUAACCUCUAAAACUCCUGCCAUGUACAUUUAUACCUCUGGUACUACAGGUCUUCCCAAGGCUGCGGUGAUAAACCAUGAACGCAUCCUGCUGGCUUGUGGCUUGUUCGACGCUGGCAAGGUCACCUCGGAAGACAUCGUGUACACUGCGCUGCCACUCUAUCACAGCUCUGCCCUGCUCAUUGGAGUCAACGGGUGCAUCAUGAAAGGUGCAACUAUCGUUUUGCGAGCUAAAUUUUCAGCAAGUCAGUUCUGGGAUGACUGCAGGAAAUACAAUGUAACAGUGAUACAAUAUAUUGGGGAAGUGCUUCGGUAUUUAUGUAGUGUGCCACAGAGAAAAAAUGAUCGGGAUCACAGAGUCAGACUUGCCAUAGGAAAUGGGAUAAGGAGUGAUGUUUGGAAGGAAUUUAUCCAGAGAUUUGGAAAUAUUCAUAUCCUGGAGUUUUAUGCUUCAACUGAGGGAAACAUUUCCUUUGUGAAUUACACUGGAAAAAUUGGUGCAGUGGGAAGAGUGAACUGCUUACAGAAGAAAGUCUUACACUAUGAACUGAUUAAAUAUGACGUAGAGAAAGAUGAACCAGUCCGAGAUGAGAAUGGAUACUGCAUAAAAGUUCCCAAAGGUAAACCAGGACUUCUGGUCUGCAAAAUCACCGAAUAUGCACCAUUUAGUGGCUAUGCAGGUGCAAAACACCAAACAGAGAAGAAGCAAUUAAAAGAUGUCUUCAAAAAAGGAGAUUUAUAUUUCAAUAGUGGUGACCUUUUAGUGAUUGACAACGAUAACUUCAUUUAUUUCCAUGAUAGAAUUGGAGACACAUUCCGGUGGAAAGGGGAAAAUGUUUCUACAACUGAAGUUGCAGACAUUUUAGGAUUGAUCGACUAUGUUCAAGAAGUUAUUGUAUAUGGAGUAUCUGUUCCAGGUUAUGAAGGCAGAAUAGGAAUGGCAUGUAUUCGACUGAAGGAAAACUGCGAAUUUAAUGGUGAAAAUACUUACAGACACGUUCAUGCUCAUCUUCCAAACUACGCAAGACCUCGUUUCAUAAGGAUUAAGAGUGCCAUAGAACUCACAGCAACUUUCAAGUACCGUAAAGUACAACUAAUGGAUGAAGGUUUUAACCCAGCAGUCAUCAAAGAUUGCCUGUAUAUCCUGGAUGAAAAAGAAAACACGUAUGUUCAGAUGACCCAGGCCAUUUAUAAUUCAGUAAAAAACCAUCACUUCAGAUUGUAG